UUGUCGCAAAGCCCAUACGCUCUCUGCCUGCCGUAGUACGACGUGCCGUGUUACAGUUCGUGGUGGUCGAAGCUAACAGCAAAAUGUUGCUGUCAUUUGCUUGUUUUUUGACGUUAUUAUCAAGUUUUGUCGGACAACACGUCACGUUUGCAUUGCAGGACGUUACUAGCGAUUUAUUUGGCCAGGAGAAUAAUGGCACAGUAGCGGCUUUCGGUGACUUUAACUCUGAUAAGCAGACUGACAUUUUCAUCAUCAGGAAGCAAUCUGAGCUGUUGAUUUUCCUGGCUGAUCUUAAAGCACCUUAUUUCAAACCUAAAGUCCAUCUGACUAAAGAGGUUUUCCCUGAUGACUUCAUCAUAAGCAGUGUGGUGCCGGGUGAUUACGAUGGAGACUCUCAGAUGGAUGUGCUUCUGACUGGCCACUCAAAUGGCUCCCCCUUAAAAACAAGCGUCUUCGUCUUCUGGGGACGUAACCAGACUUUAGACCAGAAUGAAAAGGAGAAGCUGGGCAAGAUCUUUACUGAUCAGCCUCUUGUAAUGGACUUUAAUGGGGACAUGAUCCCAGAUAUUUUUGGAACUGUGGAUGGCUCGUUGGAGGUUUGCUAUCUCAAGACGAGACAACAAAGAUGUGACAUGGCUUUCAAUUCCAAUGCUGCAAUGCGCAUCCCUCAUUCCCAUGCUUUCAUCGACCUUAACAUGGACUUCACUGCAGAUUUGUUCCUCACCACCACAUCAAAUGAAUUCGAGACCUGGAUCAAUAAGGAUGGGAACUUCACCAAAGCCCCAUCUGGACCUUCUCUGGAGAAUGUAAAGAGAGUGGGUCAAUCGGCAUUCGUAGACUUCGACGGUGAUGGCUCCCAGGACCACCUGUUGCCAGUCUGCAUGGAUGAUGCGUGUGCUAACAGCGCAAUAUACCUGGCCAAGCCUGGGGGGACAAAGUGGGUGCCUGUUUUGAUGGACUUCAAAAGGAAGGAUUCUGUGUGGGGUUUUGUGCCCCCUCUAGAAAAGCCCACUUUGGGAGAACUGCAAAUUCCCAUCACCCUGCACCUCGGAGACUACAACCUGGAUGGCUUUCCGGAUGCCCUUGUGAUCCUCCGUAACACCAGCACCAGUUCACAGCAGCAGGCGUUCCUUCUGGAGAACGUGGCUUGUAAUGACGCGAGCUGUCAGGAGGCUGGACGCAUGUUUCGUGUGCAUUGGGAGCAGUCAGACCUCAGUGCAAUCCCCAGGGCUGUUGUGGCCACUUUUUUUGACAUCUAUGAGGACGGUAUAUUAGAUAUGAUCGUGCUCAGCAAGGUGGAAGGGAAGGAAGAACUCGUCAUCCACGCUUUGAAGAACAACUUUGAGGCCGACGCAUAUUUCGUGAAAGUCAUCGUGCUCAGUGGCCUGUGCUCCAAUGACUGUCCAGAAAAAGUCAAGCCCUUCGGUGUGAACCAGCCUGGCCCGUAUGUCAAGUACACAUCGGUGGACUCAAACGGUUAUCUAAAGAACGCUUCUGCGGGGCAGCUCAGCCAGUCUGCUCAUCUGGCUCUCCAGCUGCCCUACACCGUGCUCGGUCUGGGGCGCAGCGCCAACUUCCUGGAUCACCUGUUUGUGGGCAUCCCCCGGCCCCCUGGAGGGAAGGAUGUGAGGAUGCAGGAGUGGACUGCUAUUAUUCCUAACUCCCAGCUCAUCGUUAUACCAUAUCCACAAAAUGACCCUCGCAGCUGGAGUGCAAAGCUCUACUUAACCCCGAGUAAUAUAGUCUUACUGACAGCGAUAGCACUGAUUGGCGUGUGCAUCUUUAUUCUCGUCAUCAUCGGGAUACUGCACUGGCAGGAGAAGAAAGCUGAUGACCGAGAGAAGAGACAAGAGGCCCAUCGCUUCCAUUUCGAUGCCAUGUGAGAGAAUUGUGGCUGAACGCUGAGAAGAUGGGGUCCGCUUUUCAUUUGUGGUUUAUUUAAUAAUUUAUUUUUGUUCUUUUUUCUGCACUGGAGCAUUUUUUGUGCAUUGAUGAUGAGAGGAAUCAGCUGAUUUAAAUGUGAAUGGUUUGAAGAGUAACAUGCCUGUAUUGACAUCUGAAGAGAAGGUGGCAUGUUUCUGUUGAGUUCGUUUACAUCAGGGGUGUACAAACUUGGUCCUGGAGGGCUGAUGGUGUCCAGCAUAUUUUAGUUCCAACCCCAAUUAAACACACCUGAAGCAGCCAAUCAAGCUCUUUCUAGAUCCUCAGAGUAAAAUUUACUCUGUUUACUAUUUGGUCCCUCUCUAAACUGAGUAAAAGUUACUCAACAGCAGAGUUAAAGUUAAUGAGUCAAUGAAGAGAUUAAUUAAGUGAUAAUUGAGCACUGAUGACGAACACCUGCUGUUAAUAAGCAGAAACAGAGAAGAGAAACACAAAACUACAACUGACUUCAAACAGCAGCUUCCCUUAUUACUAAGCUGUUUAACUUUAUU